AUGUCAAACCUGUCACGCAAGCUUGAUGGAGACACAGACGCGGCAACACCAGGCUCAUUCAUUGCAAGCUGGAUUGCUCUACCUCUCGGAACCUACCUGGCAUCAAUGGUCUUCUUGUUUGUGGCAUGGGUUAAUACGUCUCCGGAGGGGGGUUCAUUCUGGGCGAAAGCCCAACGCAAGAUAACGGAUGCUUGGAAACCAGCAAGAGAAGUACGAUCCAAGUUUGAUUUCAAGCGUAUGAGAAAGCUUCCUUUCCAGCUCGGAAAGAAGUCCAAUGGUUUCUUGUCGAGGGAGACGAGGCGGUCGGAGGGCAAUGACGUUGAACUUGAAAGCGGUGCUGGUGGUGGUAUUUAG